AGAUGAAUGUCUGGAAGUUUCUUUUGACAUAUCUUCUUUCACCAGCUACUCUCCGCCUUAACCCAUAGAUAUUUUUUGUUCUCUCUCUCUCUACCCCACUUUCCUUCUCUUCUCCUCUUUCUUAUUUUUAUCUUCAUUAAUUUUCUCUCUCUUCCUCUGAUAUUCUCUCUCGCAUUUUGGCCCCAUUGUGGUUCUCCAUGGUCUGAUCAAAUUUCAAGCAGGUUUUUUCUCAGCUUUUGGAUUUGGUAUUGAGGAGGAGCCUAACGAGUUUGAAUACGUGUAUUUUUUUCACCGUUUGAUGGAUCGGGAAGGCGUAUCCAACGGUGGAUCUUGCUACUACGCCGUUCUCGGAAUUCGUAGGGAUGCCUCCGACUCCGAUGUCCGUACAGCCUACCGGAAGCUUGCUCUGAAAUGGCACCCGGACAGAUGGGCUCAGAAACCGAACGUUUCCGGAGAAGCCAAACGACGGUUUCAGCAAAUCCAAGAAGCUUACUCCGUCCUUUCGGACCAGGCCAAGAGAUCAAUGUACGACGCAGGGCUAUACGAUCCUCUGGAGGAAGAAGACGAAGACUUUUGUGAUUUCAUGCAAGAGAUGAUAUCUAUGAUGAAUAAUGUGAAAGACGAGGGUGAUAGCUUUGAGGAUCUCCAGAAGAUGUUCGCGGACAUGGUCGGUGGAGAUGGAAUGGGGUUUGACUUCAACAUUAAUCCAACGGCCACCAAGAGACCACGUGGAAAUGCAUCCUCUAUAAGUAGCGCAGCCAAGCGGAAGACCAACGCGUCUCGCUGCUAAUGCGUGCGUGGCGCCGUGUAUGCCCGCUUAAUUUACUUAAUACCCCAAUAGAUCUAACUCGAGGGGAAUUAGCUAUUAGUUGGGGUACUAAACGGGCAUUUUGGUUUUAUAUAUAUAUAUAUAUAUAUUUUUUUAAUUUGGUUGUUUAAAACAUUUGCUUUUUUUUAAAAAUUUAUUAAUAACUAAAAUCAGUUGGUCACUUUUUCCUUUUUUUUUUAAUAUAAUAAUAUUUUAUUUUGAUUGA